AUGGCCGAGAAAUCUGAACAGACUGACGCCCCUUCUUCUCCAGAUAAAGACCUAACAUUACCGGUCAUGUUUCCCAAACCGCACACAGAAGAUGAGGGGGAUGCUACUACCUUCUCAUCGUCGACAUGGAACCCAAACCUGUGGAAGAUGUUGCAUGCAGCGGAGACCAGAUGGAGCGAGCAGUCUCAACCGCCCAACAGAAACGGGGCGGAGGCGUCCGUUGGGGCGGGAGAGACAGUGAUCGAAGCGCUAAAUAUGGAGAGGGUGAGGAUAAAUUAAUUACCUAGACUUGGCUUUUAGCCUACUUUUACUGUCGAGGUGGGGGGUUGGGUUUUAACUUCAGUAGGCUACUACAUGUUGCUGAACGCGCGUUCAACAGUUUGAGUUGCUCAAUCAAAGCAACUUUAGUUGGGUAGUAGCCUACCAUAUUGACUGUGACAGCGAAGCAAUGUGUGAUAGGCUACAUUUCAUGGUUUGAAAGAUGAAGGCAGUAUCUGCUCUGACCUCAAUUGCGAGGAUUAAAAGCAUUAUCAAACGCGAACUCGUAUGCGCCAAGACAUGCGCCAACCGUAUACACCACCACAGCAAAUAAUGGUGAUCAAAUAAAAAUGUUGCGGACGCAUGUUUCUGCAAUGAGGCGCGCAUAUCCGAAUGGGAGCGUCUGUAAAUCGUGAUGUUACUGUGACCGAAGCACCUAGAAUGAUAAAGGUAAAUGAGAAAUGUGUUUAAUAUGUAGGGGGUUAGUUAGGCUAUUGCUGGGACUAAAAGACAAGGCUAUAUAGUCUACCUGGUAUUUGUAAAGUUAUGACCCAAAAGGAACCAAACCUGGUCUCAGCGCAUUUCAUAUUAUUCUGUACAUAAAUCCGAGAUACUACAGUAUGAUAUUAUACAUUUCGUAUGGUAUGUAUUAAUGUGUGGAUUUUCUCACCCAUUUAGUAUGAUGUGUUACAAAUUACAAUUCAUAUUAUAUUUUAUGAAUGUUGCUAAUGUUAGCUAGCUCGCUAAUGUUAGCUAGGCUAGGAGUUAGGGUUAGGGUUAAGUUUAGGAGUUGGGUUAAAGGGUUAGGGGAAGGGGACGGGUUAGAUAACAUGCUAAGUAGUUGCAAAGUAGCUAAAAAUAAGUACAUUAUUGAAAAGUUGCUAAUUAGCUAAAAUGCUAAAGUUGUCGGUGAUGAGAUUCAAACUCACAACCUUUGGGUUGCUAGAAGUCCGUGUUAUACGCCCACUCAUCUAACCCGACCAACCACCCUCCUUUAGUUUUUGUCUUAAGUAACCAUCUGUCUUAUGUAAUCAUACUAAAUGGAGAAUCUCUGAUUUAUGUACAGAAUAAUACGAAAUGCUCAGAAAUCAGAUUGGUGUCCAGAACAUUAUGAAUGGACCUUAAAAGGUGGAUUUGUUCAAUAUACAGUACCAGUCAAAAGUUUGGACACAGCUACUCAUUCAAGUGUUUUUCUUUAUUUUUACUAUUUUCUACAUUGUAGAAUAAUAGUGAAGACAUCAAAACUAUGAAAUAACACAUAUGGAAUCCUGUAGUAAGCAAAAAAGUGUUAAACUAAUCAAAAUAUGUUAUAUUUGAGAUUCUUCAAAGCAGCCACCCUUUGCCUUGAUGACAGCUUUGCACACUCUUAGGCCCUAAUCUAUAGAUAUCACAUGACUGGGAAUACAGAUAUGUGUCACACUAACCUUCGCUUUGGCUCCCCAUCCUGUCCAGCUCAGCAUUCGGUGUCGCCGGCCUUCUAGCUGCUGCCGAACCUACUGUUGGCAAACGCCCUUCACUCAUCAACCCGGACUUGUCUCGUCAUCAUUACACACACCUGGUUCCAAUCCCCACUCUAUCACCACAUACAGUGGGGGAAAAAAGUAUUUAGUCAGCCACCAAUUGUGCAAGUUCUCCCACUUAAAAAGAUGAGAGAGGCCUGUAAUUUUCAUCAUAGGUACACGUCAACUAUGACAGACAAAUUGAGGAAAAAAAAUCCAGAAAAUCACAUUGUAGGAUUUUUAAUGAAUUUAUUUGCAAAUUAUGGUGAAAAAUAAGUAUUUGGUCACCUACAAACAAGCAAGAUUUCUGGCUCUCACAGACCUGUAACUUCUUCUUUAAGAGGCUCCUCUGUCAUCCACUCGUUACCUGUAUUAAUGGCACCUGUUUGAACUUGUUAUCAGUAUAAAAGACACCUGUCCACAACCUCAAACAGUCACACUCCAAACUCCACUAUGGCCAAGACCAAAGAGCUGUCAAAGGACACCAGAAACAAAAUUGUAGACCUGCACCAGGCUGGGAAGACUGAAUCUGCAAUAGGUAAGCAGCUUGGUUUGAAGAAAUCAACUGUGGGAGCAAUUAUUAGGAAAUGGAAGACAUACAAGACCACUGAUAAUCUCCCUCGAUCUGGGGCUCCACGCAAGAUCUCACCCCGUGGGGUCAAAAUGAUCACAAGAACGGUGAGCAAAAAUCCCAGAACCACACGGGGGGACCUAGUGAAUGACCUGCAGAGAGCUGGGACCAAAGUAACAAAGCCUACCAUCAGUAACACACUACGCCGCCAGGGACUCAAAUCCUGCAGUGCCAGACGUGUCCUCCUGCUUAAGCCAGUACAUGUCCAGGCCCGUCUGAAGUUUGCUAGAGUGCAUUUGGAUGAUCCAGAAGAGGAUUGAGAGAAUGUCAUAUGGUCAGAUGAAACCAAAAUUGAACUUUUUGGUAAAAACUCAACUCGUCGUGUUUGGAGGACAAAGAAUGCUGAGUUGCAUCCAAAGAACACCAUACCUACUGUGAAGCAUGGGGGUGGAAACAUCAUGCUUUGGGGCUGUUUUUCUGCAAAGGGACCAGGACGACUGAUCCGUGUAAAGGAAAGAAUGAAUGGGGCCAUGUAUCGUGAGAUUUUGAGUGAAAACCUCCUUCCAUCAGCAAGGGCAUUGAAGAUGAAACGUGGCUGGGUCUUUCAGCAUGACAAUGAUCCCAGACACACCGCCCGGGCAACGAAGUAGUGGCUUCGUAAGAAGCAUUUCAAGGUCCUGGAGUGGCCUAGCCAGUCUCCAGAUCUCAACCCCAUAGAAAAUCUUUGGAGGGAGUUGAAAGUCUGUGUUGCCCAGCGACAGCCCCAAAACAUCACUGCUCUAGAGGAGAUCUGCAUGGAGGAAUGGGCCAAAAUACCAGCAACAGUGUGUGAAAACCUUGUGAAGACUUACAGAAAACGUUUGACCUGUGUCAUUGCCAACAAAGGGUAUAUAACAAAGUAUUGAGAAACUUUUGUUAUUGACCAAAUACUUAUUUUCCACCAUAAUUUGCAAAUAAAUUCAUAAAAAAUCCUACAAUGUGAUUUUCUGGAUUUUUUCCCCUCAUUCUGUCUGUCAUAGUUGACGUGUACCUAUGAUGAGAAUUACAGGCCUCUCUCAUCUUUUUAAGUGGGAGAACUUGCACAAUUGGUGGCUGACUAAAUACUUUUUUCCCCCACUGUAUACUCCCUCUGCCGUUUGUCUUUGUUGGUCAUUGUAAAUGUUACAUGUUUUCCUGAGAGGAAUCUCUCCUACUAUUUCCUGAGUACUUUAUAUUUUGCACUUUGGAUUAGCCCUGUGCCUUUUUGUUUAUGAAGAUAUAUUUUGAGCACAACACCAUUUGGGUUUCGUCCCACUUUGAUCUAUGGUGCGACUGCCUCCUGCCUACUCCUCUCUACACCAGUGACAAUAUGCAUUGGUUGGUCGUAGAUACCUUUAAAAAAAAGUAGGGGCGUGGAUCAGAAAACCAGUCAGUAUCUGGUGUGACCACCAUUUGCCUCAUCUCCUUCGCAUGGAGAUGAUCAGGCUGUUGAUUGUGGCCUGUGGAAUGUUGUCCCACUCCUCUUCAAUGGUUGUGCGAAGUUGCUGGAUAUUGGUGGGAACUGGAACACACUGUCGUACACGUCGAUCGAGAACAUCCCAAACAUGCUCAAUAGGUGACAUGUCUGGUGAGUAUUCAGGCCAUGGAAGAACUGGAACAUUUUCAGCUUCCAGGAAUUGUGUACAGAUCCUUGCGACAUGGGGCCGUGCAUUACCAUGCUGAAACAUGAGGUGAUGGCGGCAGAUGAAUGGCAUGACAAUGGGUCUCAGGAUCUCGUCACAGUAUCUCAGUGCAUUCACAGUUCCAUGUAGUGAAUCUGUUAUUCAUUGCGUUUGUAUGGGCUAAUAGCAGUAAGGCCAGAAAUACAUUCAUCAAAUCAUGUUUUUAUAUAUUUUUUUUAUACUUCAAGGGGUCUUAAAAUUCCAAAUCAAAUAGCAAAAUGAUCCUGGGUAUGACCUGUUUAAAACAAUUCCAUAUAGUUUAGCAGAACCCCCCCGGCUUAGACAGGGUUUAGACUCUUAUGGGUAAUCAACUUCUAGAUAUGCCACACCUGUCAGGUGGCUGGAUUUUCUUGGCAAAGGAGAAAUGCUCACUAACAGGCAUGUAAACUAAUUUGUGCCCAACAUUUGAGAGAAAUAAGCUUUUGUGUGUAUGGAACAUUUCUGUGAUCUUUUAUUUCAGCUCAUGAAACAUGGGACCAACACUACAUGUUGCGUUUAUAUUGUUGUUCAGUGUAGCAAAUCUACGGGGGACAGAGACAUUUUUAAAGCUUAGGCUACGUUCAGUAAAGGCCUUUAAUGAGGGGCAAGAUGAUGUUACACUGUUGAUGUUACACUGUUGUCAGUGAAUAUUCAUAAGCAGGCGUAUAAAGGUUGAUUAAAGUUGUGAACCUGUACUAGGUCAGUUUGGUGACAUUCAGAGGGUGCCAGAGUGACCCACUUCAUGAGGUAAACACACCACAUACAUACUUCAUUAGGUAAGCUAUACUGAGAGUCUGGGCCUUCAGAAGAACAGGUUCACUCUGAAGCCUUUGAAGGUCAGAGUGUGCAGCUAUCGUCACCUACACCUUAUUUAUAUAGGCUUUAUUUGUGUGCGUGUUCAGGUCAGUUAGAGUUACUCCUUCACGUAUGAAAAAUGUAUGCACUCACUAACUGUAAGUGGCUCUGGAUAAGAGCGUCUGCUAAAUGACUAAAAUGUAAAAUGUACCAAGCUCUACCAAAGUAAAGUGUGCUGCUGUUCUCCACACUGAUAUGAGUUUCUCAACCUGUCCUGAACACUCUCUACUGGUUCAGUCCCACUCAGGUAGCAGGCGUGCAUCUGCAUCAGUGGAGGCUGCUGAGGGGAGGACGGUUCAUAAUAAUGGCUGGAACGGAGCAAAUGGAAUGGCAUCAAGCCCAUAUGUUUGAUGUAUUUGAUACCAUUCCACUAAUUCCGCUCCAGCCAUUACCACGAGCCUGUCCUCCCCAAUUAAGCUGCCACCAACCUCCUGCCAGUGGCCGGUGUUGUAUAUUCAGGUUGUACCUUUCGUACCGCCGUGCUUACUUUAGUUGUAUGCACAAAACAUAAUGGGAGUUGUGUUGAAAUGAUCAGGUUCAAAUAAAUGGUUGAACUGAAUUCCUCUCUCCCGUCUCAUCAUUAUUGAAUUGUUAUAAAGACGUGGUUAUGAAACCCACGAGACAUAACAAAAGAUUGGCAACGCGUAAGUCUGAACCUACAGUUGGUUUUUACAUGUUUAAAACUAUUAUUUUCUGUGGUACAGUCUAGGCUAAUGGUAGCACAGUGUAUCGCUAGCAGAUGCAAAUUCAUGCAUAAUCGAGCUAGCUAAGAGAGAGAGUUAGCAUCGUCAGGGAUGGCAGAAAAGGAUUUGAGAUGAGCAUUGGAGCGGGAAAACAACGUGCUUAAAAAGGGAGGAAUAUACAGUGAGUAAAGGAAAGGACAUUUAUUCAACUUUGAAGACAAACUUUAGAAUUAAAAACUGCUAAACAAGCGAACUUGAGGAGGAAACGUCAGUGAAUGAAGAUCACGUGACUGAGGAAAAUAUUGCCAUGGCAGAACAGAACGUUGUCAUGGUUGAGGACAAUAUUAGAGUGAGUGACAAUCAGGAGCCUAUUGAGAAACACAUUUUUUUGGGAAACGUACAGUUGGAUGAAAGAAUUGAGCACUGGAACUUAUAUAAAGAACAGUUUGAAUAUUUUGUUCUUGCAAAUGACAUUGAUGAGGAAAAAAUUGUGCCAAAUUAGUUUUGUGUAAUGGGGCCGAAGACAUUUAAUUUAUUACGCAGCCUGCUACAGUCAGACAUGCCAGGUAAUAAGACGUAUGGGGACAUUGUAGAAAUACUGAAAGGACACUUUUCACCAAAACCGAUAGUUAUUGCUGAAAGGUUAAGGUUCCACAGAAGAAAUCAGGAAGAGGGAAAAUCAGUGACAACGUUUACUGACAGAGCACUGUGAGUUUAAUGAUGUUUUAAAUGACACCAUUAGAGACAGACUGGUAUGUGGGCUAUGCAGUGAAGCUACACAAAAUAGACUAUUGACUGAAAGUAAUCUGACCUUGGCAAAGGGCAUUGAAUUCAGUGUGUGCAAGGGUAAUUGAAUUCAGUGCCUUCAGAAAGUAUUCAUACCCCUUGACUUAUUCCACAUUUUGUUGUGUUACAGCCUGAAUUCAAAAUGUGUUAAAUUGUAUUUAACAACACAAUACCCCAUAAUGACAAAGUGAUGUUUUUGAAAUAUUUGCAAAUUUAUUGAAAAUGAAAUAAAUAAAUAUCUCAUUUACAUAAGUAUUCACACCCCUGAGUCAAUACUUUGUAGAAGCACCUUUCGUGGUUAUUACAGCUUUGAGUUGUCUUGGGUAUGUCUGUAUCAGCUUUGCACAUUUGGAUUUUGUUUUUUUCUCCCAUUCUUCCUUGCAGAUUUUCUCAAGCCCUGUUAAAUUAGAUAGGGAGUGGCGGUGAACAGCAAUCUUCAAGUCUUCCCACAGAUUUUCAAUGGGAUUCAAAUCUGGGCUUUGGCUGGGCCACUAAAGGAUUUUCACAUUCUUGUUCUGAAGCCAUUCCAGCAUUCCUUUGGAUGUAUGCUUGGGGUCAUUGUCCUGUUGGAACAUAAAUCUUCACCCCCAGUCUAAGGUCGUUUGCACUCUGAAGCAGGUUCUUAUCAAGGAUUUGCCUGUAUUUGGCUCCAUUCAUUGUUCCCUCUAUCCUUGCCAGUCUCCCAGUCCUUGCCACUGAAAAGGAUCCCCAUAGCAUGAUGCUGCUACCACCAUGCUUCACAGUAGGGAUGGUGUUAGACAGGUGAUGAGCUGUGCCUGGUUUUCUCCAGGCGUAGCGCUUUGCAUUCAGGCCAAAGAGGUACAAUUUUGUCUCAUCAGACCACAGAAUCUUUUGCCUUAUGAUCUGAGUCUUUCACAUGCCUUUUUGCAAACUCCAGGCGUGCUGUCAUGUGCCUUUUUCUCAGGAGUGGCUUCCGUCUGGCCACUCUCCCAUAAAGCCCAGGUUGGUGAAGUGCUGUAAAGACUGUUGCACGAAUCACCUUCCUCAGAGCCUUGUCUAAAAGCAUUGUUUGACUUUGUCAUUAUGGGGUAUUGUGUGUAGAUGGGUGAGGGAAAUAAUAUCAAUUUAAUCCAUUUUGAAUUCAGGCUGUAACAAAAUUUGGAAUAAUUAAAGGGGUAUGACUACUUUCUGAAGGCAUUGUAGCUGCAAAAGAGGCUCAGCAGUUGAGUUCAUCAGGACGAGUGUACAGAGUUGCAACUGAAAAUCAGGGACAGAGGAAUCGAGGCACACGCUUCCGCUGAGGCAAAGCGGGACAUCAGUUUCAAGUUUCAAGUUCUAUUAGUCGUAUGUACAGGAUACACAUGGUGUACACCAUCCAACAAGCUCAUCACCAAGCUCAGGGCCCUGCGUCUGAACCCCUCCCUAUGCAACUGGGUCCUGGACUUCCUGACGGGCCGACCCCAAGUGGUGAAGGUAGGCAACAACACCUCCGCCACGCUGAUCCUCAACACGGGGGUCUCACAGGGGGUGCAUGCUCAGCCCCCUCCUUUACUCCCUGUUCACCCAUGACUGCGUGGCCACGCACGUCUCCAACUCAAUCAUCAAGUUUGCUGAUGACACAACAGUGGUAGGCCUGAUUACCAACAAUGACGAGACAGCCUACAGGGAGGAGGUGAGAGCCCUGGCAGAGUGGUGCCAGGAAAAGAACCUCUCCCUCAAUGUCAACAAAAUGAAGGAGCUGAUCGUGGACUACAGGAGACAACAGAGAGAGCCCGCCCCCAUCCACAUUGAUGGGGCCGCAGUGGAGAGUGUCAAAAGCUUCAAGUUCCUUGGCGUGCACAUCGCUGACGACCUGAAAUGGUCCCUUCACACAGACAGUGAGGUGAAGAAGGCGCAACAGCACCUCUUCAACCUCAGGAGGCUGAAGAAAUUUGUCUUGGCCCUUAAGGCCCUCACAAACUUCUACAGAUGCACCAUUGAGAGCAUCCUGUCUGUCUAUAUCACCGCCUGGUAUGGCAAUUGCACCUUCCGCAACUGCAGGGAUCUCCAGAGAGUGGUGCGGUCAGCCCAACGCAUCAUCAGGGGAAGUCAGCCCAACGCAUCAUCAGGGGCACACUGCCUGCCCUCCAGGACAUCUACAGCACCCGGUGUCACAAGAAGAACAAGAAGAUCAUCAAUGACCUCAGCCACCCGAGCCAUGGCCUGUUCACCAUGUCUCCCAUCUAGAAAGAGGAGACAGUACAGGUGCAUCAAAGCUGGGACUGAGAGACUGAUAAACAGCUUUUAUCUCCAGGCCAUCAGACUGUUAAAUAGUCACCAAUAGCCGGCCUCUGCCUAGUACCUUGCCCUGAACCUUAGUCACUGUUACUAGCUGGCUACCACCCAGUGCUCUACCCUGCACAUUAGAGACUGCUUUGCCCUAUGUACAUAGAGUCAUUGAACUCUGGUUACUUUAGUUAUGUUUACAUACUGCUUUACCCACUUUAUAUGUGCAAUGCAUUCAGAAAGUAUUCAGACCCCUUGACUUUUUCCACAUUUUGUUACGUUACAGCCUUAUUCUAAAAUGGAUUUUAAAAAUGUUUCCCCCUCAUCAAUCUACACACAAUACCCCAUAAUGACAAAGCAAAAACAGGUAUUUAGAAAUUUUAGCAAAUGUAUUAAAAAUAACAAACAGAAAUAUCACAUUUAUAUACGUUUUCAGACCCUUUACUCAGUACUUUGUUGAAGCACCUUUGGUAGUGAUUACAGCCUUGAGUCUUCUUCGGUAUGACAUUACAAGCUUGGCACACCUGUAUUUGGGGAGUUUCUCCCAUUCUUCUCUGCAGAUCCUCUCAAGCUCUGUCAAUUUGGAUGGGGAGUGUCGCUGCACAGCUAUUUUCAGGUCUCUCCAGAGAUGGAUUCAAGUCCGGGUGCUGGCUGGGCCACUCAAGGACAUUCAGAGGCUACAUUUUGACUCAGGAACAGGAGUGGAAAAAUAUGAUUUUCUUUCAGCAUAUUGAGAGAAUUCGAAUGCGUGGUUAGAUACCGUCUGUAGAGGUGCUAUCUUUAUUAGCAUUAUAAAAGCUGAUAGUAGGCUAUUUCAAACACAAAAAUAUGAAAUCUUAUCAGAAACAUGUUGGGUCGUUUUCACAGCUUUCUAUUUCUUUACAACCGGUCAAACGGAUGUCAUUUAUUUAUUUUUUGGUCCCUAAAAGUCUUUGCUUCACGAAAGAAGCAGAGUUGACAGGGAAAACUUUACCAAUGUCAACUAGAUUGAAGCAUUCAUUCUAUCGAUUUAUGAAAUUCUGGUGAGCAAGGGUUUAGCCUAUUUAGUCUUCUAGGGAAACAUAUAGGCCUAAUGACAGAAGAGAAGCUGCAUGUAUCUAAUUAUAGACAAGUUGACUAACAAAUAGCCUACCAAAAUGUCCGAAAUUAUAAGCAGAUACAUAUCUAAACCUGGCCCAAAAAAUAUUGCACCCCCUGUCAAAUCAUUCCUCCAUCCCCGACUAGCCUACAGCGCAUUUUCUAUUUUAGCAGGUUAGGGUCGAGUGCAGGCCUCAGAUUUUCACUUUAUCACAUAUAGGCCUAGUAAGCGGUUGCGGAUGGGUUAUUAGUAAUUGUGGGCGGUUGCGGGUGAACAAACAGCUGACCCGCGCAACAGUUUCGGUAUCCUUCCUUGUGUGUCAAAGAUCAAGCAGCAGUUUGAGUCUUUAACAUGAAUUCCUUAAGUUCUGAGUAUACACAGGUAUGCAGUGCACCUUUUCUCAGGGGAAAGGCUACUAGUGUUAUAAAACUGUGCCGGUUUGAUGUAGUCCUUUGAAUCAGGUCAGCUCAUUUAAGUGCAGGCAGUAUUUACCUUUCUGUUCAAUGUCAACAAGUCAGUGAGUGAGUGUAUUAUCCUUCAACAGCUGCAGUAUCUACAUAGGAAGAGAGCCUUAUGGGUCUGGUUAGUACAUAGGAUCAGUGAGUUGUACAGUCUUUCUACCUCCGAUUUCCAUCCCCUCCCUUUCCCCAGCAAUGUUAACUCAUCCUGUAUGGUUUGUGUUCUUAUCAUGCUAUUGCUGUUAUUAUUAUGGUUUACUAUGGGGUCUCACAGGUUUCUUUGAUAACACUACAGCCUGGCCAGAAACAACCCCCAUCCCCUUCUCCAAGGCUCUACCCUCCUGUUGUAUUCACACCUGAAGAGAUUAGAUAGGGCAGAUUCCCCCACAGCUUGUAAACACAAGCUGUAGGGGUCAAGUGGAAGAGAAUAGAGGUGGUUCAGGGUCAGGGAUGUUUUAUCAUGAAGAAGGUUAAUGGGAAGGUGGUGCCCUGUGUGAGUUUGUUGGUGGACAAAUGAGCUCUGUAGGCCCUACCUGUGAAAACACUGGCCUCCAUUGGCAGCCCAGAGGAUCCAUCCCAUGGCUCAGUUCAGCUGCUCAGACAAGGCAGCCAUACAGUACAAAUACAUGUUGGCUACAAUAACUGAAAUAUCUCUUAUUAGAGUUACACAUUUUGGGCUUGUUUGACAUUCUGUAACUCUCUAUGUGCGUCUCUCUCUGAGUGCUCACCAUGCGCAAGGAGUAGGACAGGACAGAAAUGUGAGCUUCUCUUGAGGAAGUACAGUAAUGUACCAUGAGAAACUGCUUCAUAGGCUGCGUUUAGACAGACAGGCCAAUUCUGAUGUUUUCUUCACUAAUUGGUCUUUUGACCAAUCAGAUCAGCUCUGAAAAAGAUCUGAUGUGAAUAGGUCUGAUGUGAUUGUUCAAAAUACCAAUUAGUGGAAAAAAGAUCAAAAUUGGGCUGCCUGUGUAAACGCAGCCAUACUGACCCUCAUUAUAAACCAUUAAAAACACUGAGGUUAAUGACCCUUAAUGAGGCAGCUCUUAACGAGGUAGUAAGUGGACAGUUUGAUCCUGAGCAGCACAUAUGGCCUUUAUGAGUCUUAUGAUCCACCCGUGAACCAUUGGAGGGUGAUUGAGGGUGAUCCAGGCAGGGUGCAUUUCUGAUUUUAGAAAUAAUUAGUAUUGUGCAGCCCUCACCAAAUGAUACAUUCUGGUUAAGGGAAAGGGGCUAUGGGUAGAAAUGGAAAGUGUAUACAAAUCGGAAACAGACCCAGAUUAGAUGAGAAGGAUGAAUAGCCCUGGGCUAGGGGAAGGGGGCUAACGGUAGAAAUGGAAUGUGGCCUGGAGUGGGGGAUCUGAAGUCAGCAUUGUUGUAGGAAUGGAAUGUGGCCCGGUGUGGGGGAUCUGAAGUCAGGAAUUCAGCUCCACAGAAUUCUGACUGACCCAUGACCCUUAUCAGCUAAUCCUAUUAAGAGCUGCCAACUCAGCUCCACUCGGACCGCAUGAGACGAGGGGUGUACCCACGGCCUAACACGAGUGUGUGUGCGUGUGUGAGGGGGGGGGGGGGGGGGGGGGGGGGGGGUCAAGCCAGAAAACUAUUCUGAGAGUAUUAGACUGUACAGGUGUGUGUGUGUGUGUGCCCGUGUGUGAGUGCAACCUGGUCUCAGAACAUUUUGUAUUAUUCUGUAUGUAAAUCCGAGACACUCAAUUUAGUAUGAAAUGUUACGAAUUACAAUUCAUAUUAUAUGUCACGGAUUUGCAAAACGUACAAUAUGUUACGAAUUUGUAAAAACGUACAAUAUGUUACGAAUUUGCUAAAAGUAUGAUAUGUUAUGAAUUCUAGCUAGGUGGCUAGAUGGCUAAUGUUAGCUAGCUGGCUAACGUUAGCUAGGCUAGGGGCUAGGGUUAGGGAUAGGGUUAAGUUUAGGAGCUAGGUUAAAGGGUUUAAGUUAGGAAAAGGGUUAGCUAAAAGGGUUAAGGAUAGGGUUAGGGGAAGGGUUAGUUAAAAGGGUUCAGGUUAGAGUUAUGGUUAGGGGAAGGGUUAGCUAACAUGCUAAGUAGUUGCAAAGUAGCUAAAAUGUUGUAAAUAGUUGAAAAGUUGCUAAUUAGUUAAAAUGCUCAAGUUGUCCGUGAUGAGAUUGGAACUCGCAACCUUUGGGUUGCUAGACGUUCGCGUUAUACACCAACCCAUCCACCCCGACCAAUCACCCUACUUUCGUUUUUGCCUUAAGUAACCGUCUGUCUUAUGUAACCAUACCAAACGUAACAUAUCAUACUAAUUUGAGUAUUUCGGAUGUACAUUUACUAUGUUACGUCUAGUCUAUGAGACCAGGCUGGUGUGUGUGUCACUUUGGAAGUGAGUAUUAGGUAGAACAAAGCCCAGUGGGCGUGGAGUUUUAGGGAGA